AUGCCGAGUCGCGCCGCCUCCGUUUCCAAGCAGGCUCAGGUCCUGGGCAGGACGGCCACGAUCCGCAGCGUGCCCAGUUUCGAGGGAUCCGAGACGAGCCCCGAGAGCAACGGGCUGUCCAGCAGCGUCACCAGCAGGGCUAGCGGACUGUCCACCGUGGCGUCCAACGGGACCAUCGAGGAGGCGCCAUCCCCGAAACCCAAUCUCGACACCACCGUCCCUGAGGUGCCUGAGCCUGAGGCCCCCAUCGAAGUCGUCGGUCCCAUACCAAGAGUCAUAACUCCAGCACCGCCAGAAGAGAACGGCGGCUUGGGAGACGGAGAUCUCGACAACCAGGACAGCGCGCAAUGGGAUUCGACAAUUGGCAAGGCCGGUCUGGGGAAGACGGGUCGAGUCAUCAACAAGCUCGUCAGCGACAAUGACGCCCUGAAGCGCGAGAUCAAGAUUGAGAAGCUGCGCGCGGAAGAGGCCAAGCAGGCGGCCAAGCUGGUCGAGGACAAGAUGGAGCGCAUGGUCAGCGACUACGAAAGCCGACUGCUGGAAGCAAACGUCACCAAGACGCUGCUGGCGAGAAAAGAACGCCAGGUCGAAACCCUCAUGGCUACGGUCGACAUGGAGAAGAAAAAGGCCGUGGUGGCUCAAGAGCUGGAGCGCAACUGGAGGGACGAAAUGGAAAAAGCCAAGCGCGACGCCAAAACGCAGGCCGACGACGCAACAAGCUACGCGCAGCUGAUGGAAGGCCGGUACAACGCCAUCUCCUCCCAUUGGCGCGACCAGGGCGACGAGGUCAACAAGGCCAUUGCCACGAUCAAGACCGAAAUCACCACCAUCGUUGACGAGCGCAAGUCGGACGACGAUAAGAUCCAGACACUGCGAGACUUGUGCGAGCAGCAGGACAGCAACAUCCAGAAGCUGAGGCGCGAAAAGGAAGACAUUGCACGCUUGUUUGAGGAGUACAAGAAGGCGCAGGAGGAGAAUCUCAAGGACAUCAAGGAGAACGCCAGGAAGACGGAAGCCGAGCAGAAGAGAAUACUGGAAGAGUCUAGGGAGACGCUGGACAAGCUGAGAUGGGCGCUAAACGUCAAGGCGAACGUCAAAGGCGCUGAGUGA